AUGAAGUUUUCGCAUUCGCUUCAGUUCAAUGCUGUUCCGGAGUGGUCUUCCAAGUACAUCAACUACUCUGGGCUCAAGAAGCUGAUAUACUCGCUCCAACGCGAGUACGCCGAGAUGUUGAAUUUUACGGAUCCGGAGGCCCUGCCGUUCACCGCUGUGGACGAGGACUCGAGUCCGAUUAAUGUGUUCAUUGCGGCUCUCGACAAAGAGGCCGCCAAAAUCAACAAUUUCUUCCUGGUCAAGGAGAAAGAGGCCCUGGCCAGCUACGAGAACCUGAUCGACGAGGUGGAGGAAUUUGAGCGCGAGUUUCCGCCGAAUCUGGCCGACAUAGAGCAAAGGCGCCGACUCAGACAAAUCCUGGACUCUCUACGGCCCGGCAAGCUCAUCGAUGAGGCACCUGAAUCGGGUCCUGCUCCCGAUGUUGAGCCUGCGAUUUCGCAGGAUGCACUGGGCAGUGCUAGCAAUGAGCACGCCGCCGCUGCCCGGGAAGCGGACAAGAACCCUAACGAGCUGACCCACCGCAGGUCGCAGAUCCUGUUUGACGACGACGACUUCAAUCUCAGCUUUUUGGAGGCUCUCAAGGUGGAAAAAAGAAAACCGCUCGCAGACAUGUUUGUUCUUCUCUCGGAACUGAAAAGCUACGUCGAGCUCAACAAGAUCGGGUUCGGCAAGGCACUGAAAAAGUUCGACAAAACGUUGCACACCAAGAUCAAGGACGAGUACAUGGAAAAGCUCGAGAAGAGCUCUGAGUACCACGUUUUCAGGCCAGAAGCGAUGGACGAACUCAACGUCCGUCUCGCAGGCAUCAUCAAGCUGUACUCGGUGUUCACGCACGGCAGCGAGGAGCAGGCCAAGGACGAGCUCAAGUCCAACCUGAGAGAGUACAUCGUCUGGGAAAGAAACACGGUCUGGCGAAACAUGAUUGGCAUGGAGCGGAAGACCCAGGCGGCCAGGGCCCAGAAACCGAACGUGGUGGAUUCCGUCAUUGUUCCGGUAGAAAAAAUCGAAAUUUAUCUUGGUGCUGGACGCAAGAUCAGCAUCCCUACUGCAAUCCUGACCGGCAACGGUCUCAAGGCGCUGCUGAUCGCGAUGGUCACCAUCACGUUGCUGGUCUUCUCGCCGUUGCAGGACGAGCAGCAGAAAAACUGCUUUGCCGUGCUCGUGUGCGCUUCGCUCCUCUGGGCAACAGAGGCUAUACCUCUUUUCACCACCUCUCUGCUGCUCCCUUUUCUGAUCGUGGUGCUGAGAACUCUGGUCGACCCCGAAUCCGGUGAGCCUUUGCGAGCUGUCGAUGCGUCCAAGUUCAUCUGCGGCGCCAUGUGGUCGCCGAUUAUUAUGCUUCUUCUCGGCGGCUUCACCCUGGCUGCCGCCCUUUCCAAGUACAAUCUGGACAAAAUAGCGUGCACUUUUAUUUUGUCCAAAGUGCCUCAGAAGCCGGCGUACGUGCUGCUGUCGAUCAUGUGUGUGUCGACGGUUGUGUCGGCAUUUAUCUCAAACGUUGCUGCGCCGGUCCUCAUGCUCUCUGUUAUUCAGCCCGUGCUUAACACUCUGCCCGAAGGCUCGCAUUUUGCAGAGGCCCUGGUGAUCGGCAUCGCGUUGGCGUCCAACGUUGCCGGCAUGGCCAGUCCGAUCGCCAGCCCGCAGAAUGUGGUUGCGUUGCAGAGCAUGGACCCGGCUCCCAAUUGGUUGCAAUGGUUUGCCGUCUCCGUUCCCGUGUGUGCCUGCGGUCUGCUUCUGAUAUUCAUCUACAUUAUGUUCAUGAUGGACGCCAGAGAUGCGACCAUCGUUCCUAUCCGGUCGACAGACGAGAAGUUCACCCAUAAGCACUUCUACGUGCUCACUGUGUCUCUUGCCACGAUCAUUCUUUGGUGCGGAGCUUCUCUUUUCGAGCCGGUGGUGGGAGACAUGGGCAUGAUAGCCGUGGCCUCCAUGGUGGCGUUCUACGCUCCAGGUAUUCUGUCUCCCGACGACUUCAACAACUAUCCGUGGACCAUUGUCAUGCUUGCAAUGGGAGGCCUUGCCCUGGGCAAGGCUGUGACCGUUUCUGGACUGCUGAAGACGAUUGCCGAAGCGAUCCAGGCCAAACUUGAGGGCUCGGCCCUGUUCACGGUUCUGUGUCUGUUUGGCAUCAUUGUGCUUGUCAUGGCAACGUUUGUGUCGCAUACAGUGGCUGCUCUGAUUAUCGUGCCACUGAUUGCCGAAAUCGGAAGAGCUCUGCCAGAUCCGCAUCCAAACCUGCUCAUCAUGGCCACCGCCCUGCUCUGUUCGUCCGCCAUGGGACUGCCCACGUCAGGGUUCCCCAACGUGACCGCAAUUGGCCUCAGAGACAGCGUUGGCAACCCGUACCUGACUGUUUCCACAUUUAUAAAAAUCGGUGUUCCAUCGUCACUCUUCUGCUACGUCGUGGUGGUCUCGAUCGGGUACCUCGUGAUGAAGCUACUGGAUUUCUAA